ACCAAAUAAUUUUUUAAUAUUUUAGUGUGGGUAGGCAAAAAUUUUGGGUUUAUUUUUGAAGAGAACCCUCUCGUCCCACAUUUCACAACAAGAAGAUAAAGACGGAAAGCCCAAACAUUCGAAUUGGAGUUUUUGCUGUUUCUCAAAUCAAAUGCAUCGUUCUUCUUCUUCUUCUUCUUCUUCUUCUUCUUUCCCAGCUUUGAUUUUCAAAUUCUUGAUCGUUUAGUCUCACGAAAACCCCUCUUCAAUCCAGUCUAAAAUCGUCUCGAAACCCAUUGCAUUUCUCUUGAUUUCUCGAUUUCCUUUGCAAUUAGAAGCACAAACUGUUCCAUAUGAGAACUACCCAUUUUCAGAUUUUAGAUUGGAAUCGAAGAUUGUGAAAAUGGGUUCACUCAUUUAAUGAAAACCAGUUCUGGGUUUGGGUUUGCUUUGAAAUGAGCAGGUCACCAUCGUUCUCUGUGAAGCCCGAGCUACCCAGUCCGAAGAUCGAUCCAAAGUCAUUGAAUCGAUGGGUCGUUGCUUUUUGCGUAAUCAGGUUCGAUCUCGAGCAAGGUCAGCUAAUUGAAGAGUGUUUUCCAUCUGGGUCUCUAACACAAGAGGAAGAACUCGAAAUCUCUUUCAGUUCUUUCCCAGAUUCCGUUUCUCAGCACCAUAAUCGAUCCAGCAUCCAUGAUUGCAUCUUCUUUUUCCGGUCCCCAAGGCGAGGGAAUGGGUCUUCUUCAGAGAUAGUUGAAGUAGAUGAUGGUAAACAACAAUCUUCAAGGUCAGUUGAUGAGAAUUCAUUGAAUAAAGCAAUUACUUUUCAACAAAAUGUAUUGAAUAAAUCAAAUAAUAAUAAUAAUAAUAAUAGUAGUUGUAGUAGUAGUAGACACUUGUAUGGUUUUGUAUUCAAUAGGCAGAGACAUGAUGAGAGACUAAAGAGAGGUGGUGAACAAAAAUCUGUAGUGAUUUUGUCUCAUAAUCCUUACUCUAGUGUGUUUAAACCGUUGUUACAAAUCAUGGGUCCAUUGUAUUUUGAUAUUGGGAAGAAAGCUCUUGAACAUAUUGCUGCUUAUGUAUCAAUGUGGCCUAGUCCUAUACCUGGGAAAUUAAUGGAGCUUCCAAUUGGGAAUGCUGCACUAAAAGUGAACUUACCGCCCGCUCAUAGCUUGCCCUCGGAUGGGGGAAUUACAUUUGAAGAGUCAGCUUCGUCAAUGGCUCCUUUUCUUCCUAAUAAUCAGUCGGUUCCGCAAGGUCUCUUUCAUGAUUCGGAUAUUUUUGGUAUAUAUCGGGGGCUUUUGUUACAGCUUUGGUUGUUAUGGGAGUUGUUACUUAUCGGUGAGCCAAUUCUUAUCAUUGCGCCAACACCUCCCCAGUGUUGUGAGGCCGUGACAGCUCUGGUUAGUCUGGUUGCACCGCUCCUUUGCAGUGUUGAUUUCAGGCCUUACUUCACCAUUCAUGACCCAGAAUUUACCCAUUUAAACUCGCUUCAAGAAGGGGAUAUUUUCCCUCCGAUGGUUUUGGGUGUGACGAACCUUUUUUUCUUGAAAGCUCUUCGUAAUAUACCUCACAUUGUUUCAGUUGGAAGUCCUGCUAUCAAUUCAAACCGGCUUUCCCUUGCUCCUAGAGCCUCUAGUGCUAGAGUUACUAGACCAGAAGGAUUUGGUAUCCAGAAUCUUUCCUUGAAGAGGUUUUCUCCUUCAAAUUUGUUGAAUGCUGUGAAGUUGAGGAGAGAUGGACCUCUUUGUCUCAUGACGGAACAUAAGGAAGCUAUUUGGAGCACUUACACUGCCACAACCAAGCCAGACACUUCUAUCUUGAAUAGGCUUAUUGAUGCUGGGAUGUCACCAAGAGUUGAGGAGUCUAUGUCUGUUGUCAACAAUGAGAUACUGCGACGGCAUUUUUUGGAGCUCACUACCAACUUUUUAGCCCCUUUUGGCCCAUAUUUUAGAGCUACCACACCUUCUGAAGGAUCUUCACCAUUUGUUAAUCCUCCUCCUCUCCGUCCAUUCACUGUCGAUGAAUUUCUUGGAAGCUUAUCGACAAGAGGUCCAGGAAAGUUUUUAACAAAGCGGAUGAGAUCUAACUGGUUGGAUCUAUACAGGCGGUUCCUGAAAGGACAGAACUUUAUGCUAUGGUUUCAGAGAAGGCGUGCUGUUGCUGAGCAAGAACAACAUAGACUAUGGAGGCAAGCAAGAUUGAAGACUGACAUUCAACAAUUUAUAUCUGAAAUGUCUGAAUUGGAAAUGGUUGAUUCCUUCAAUGCCAUUGAGAAACAUCUUCUUGGAGAAAUGCAGUCCGGAAAGGCUAUUUCAGACUCAGCAGCAGCUUGGCAGAAACUCAAGGGAGAUCUGGAAACAGUGUUCAAUAUUCUUCCCAAGGACGUACAGCAGAGUCUGCUUUUGAACCCUCAGAGAGCAGCUCUUUUACAAGGAAGUGGUGAACGGACAAAACUUCCCGGUCAUCCUCUUGCGCAAGUCAGAUUCAUUUCUUCCACUUCACCCAGAUGAUAUUCAAAACAAAAAAGCAGUCUUUGUCGUCAUCCUACAAAAGUACUUGAAGUACAUUUUGUUACCUUAUUAACAAAGUAUGGAUGGAAAUCAGAUGGGUCAUGGCAAUGAGGGGUUUCUUGUGCUGCUGAAAGACAUGAAAGGCACCAUGUGUUUUGCAAUAAUUUCAGACUUAUUCUGUCCUCUAGUUGGGAGUUAUCAGAUUUUCAGGCAUAAUUCUCAUUCUAGGAAACCAAAGGCAGAAAGAAUCAUGAUCUACAUUGAACUGCCCUUCCAACAAGUCCGUGGAGGUAACAAUAACAUUCUUGUUUUCACAUUUUAACCUCUGAUGGUUUGAAAAAAGUCUGGAAAAGGAUGAUUCAGAACUCAUGGUGGACUUGUGUUUUUCUCUUUCUAAGGGAAAUUGAAGGCUCAUUCAUUUUCCUUAAUGCUAAAGCUGUUGAGGCUAUCAUUCUGUUGCAUAACUUGGAGUCAAGCCUCCCACUAGUUUGUGUUACCUCUCAACUUUGUUUUUGAUUUCUGGCAAUAUCUUUAGUUAUCAUUUUUUUUUUUGAAGUAUUUCAUUACCUAAGCAUGACAUCACUUUAUUUGUCUCUACAACUGUCAUUUUUAAAACAAAAUUUGUGCCAGUAUAGUGGGACUAUUUGUUACAGCUUUUGGGGGUGAUUAUAGCUAAUUUUGAUUUGGGAG